AUGGAAGAAUCAGCUUCAGCUGCUGGAGAAGCUCUGCGUAUUGUAGCAACUGGAGGGAUAUUUAACAUCGAUAUUAGCACUUCCAAAGUAGAAGUGGCAGGAAAGUUGUGUGAUAUAGCACGAGAAGUGGGCAACACAGUGGGGCAUGGAGUGGGACAAGGAUUGGGGCAGGGAUUGGGACUAGGAGUUGGACUAGGAAUUGGACUAGGAGUUGGAAUAGUUCUAAGUCUAGGCGCCCUGUAUUUUGGUUUUCCAGCAUUGAAGCCAAUAAUUGAUGAUGCAAUUACUAAGGGCGUUGGUGGGAAACGCGAUGAUCAAGACGUUCGUGACAUUCGACCAGGAUGUUUGCAUUUUGAGUUACAUUGUUUCACAGACGAAAGGUUUCUGGAAGUAUUAGCGGAUUACGAAUCAGGAAGGAUGAAGGAACGCUUGCAGGAAGAAUUUUCUCUGGUUGGAAUUAAAGUGGAAGGACUGGAGUAUACUCCGACUUCAUUAUACACCGUGAAUUCGGUCGAAAGCAUUGGAAUCACACAACAUGAUCAUGAAGUGGAAGACUACAACCAGUCAUUAGAGUCGAAACAAAAAGCUCUUAAAACAAGAUUGAAAUUACUUGAAGAAGUUCAUCCGGACCCCGCUGACAGUUAUGAAAGCAUUGGAGUAACACAACAUAAGAUGAAAGAUUACCAAUCAACAUUGAAGGCGAAACAAAAAGCUCUUGAAAUCAAAUUAAAGCUAUUUGGAGAAGAUCAUCCUGCAACAGCUGACUGUUAUGAAAGCAUUGGAAAGACACAAAAUAGUAUGGAAGAUUACAAAUCAUCAUUAGAAUCUAAACAAAAAGCUUUUACAAUCAGGUUAAAGCUGAUUGGAGAAGAUCAUCCUGCAACAGCUUACAGUUAUGAAAGCACUGAAAAGACACUAAACAGCAUGGAAGAUUACAACUCAUCAUUGGAGUCUAAAAAAAAAGCUCUUAAUAUAAGGUUAAAGCUGUUUGGAGAAGACCAUCCCGCAACAGCUGACAGUUAUGAAAGCAUUGGAAAGACACAAAAAAGCAUGGAAGAUUACAAGUUAUCAUUGGAGUCGAAACAAAAAGCUCAUAAAAUCAGGUUGAAGCUAUUUGGAGAAAACCAUCCCGCAACAGCCGACAGUUAUGAAAGCAUUGGAAAGACACUAAAGAGCAUGGAAGAUUACAAGUCAUCAUUGGAGUCGAAACAAAAAGCUCAUAAAAUCACGUUAAAGCUAUUUGGAGAGAACCAUCCCGCAACAGCUGACAGUUAUGAAAGCACUGGAAAGACACUAAAGAGCAUGGAAGAUUACAAGUCAUCAUUGCAGACGAAACAAAAAGCUCAUAAAAUCAGGUUGAAGCUAUUUGGAGAAAACCAUCCCGCAACAGCUGACAGUUAUGAAAGCACUGGAAAGACGCAAAAUGGCAUGGAAGAUUACAGGUCAUCAUUGGAGUCGAAACAAAAAGCUCUUGAAAUCAGGUUAAAGCUAUUUGGGGAAGAUCAUCCUCCAACAGCUGACAUCUAUGAAAGCAUUGGAAAAACACAAAAUAGCAUGGAAGAUUACAAGUCAUCACUGGAGUCGAAACAAAAAGCUCUUCAAAUCAGGUAA